GUGGAUGCGCACGACCCGAUAUAAGUUACAUAGUUGAUCGUAGUCUGAUUAAACUGGUAGCUGGGGUUUCAACGCAAUCUGUCGCAGAUAUAUUUGUUAAUUCAUUUUUGUGCUCCGACUGUGUUGGUGUAUCAAAAAAAAAAAUAAUUUCUCAGAAUGGACUCUCUUAAAAAGAACUGGUUUACUGAGGCAUGCGAAUUAUGGCCUGGAGGCACGUUUUCGUUCGAAGUGAAGGAGGUGCUUUGUGAUGAGAAGUCUGAAUACCAACAUGUUCAAGUUUUUGAUACUACAAGUUUAGGCAAAGUUUUGGUACUGGAUGGGAUUAUACAGUGUACUGAAAAAGAUGAAUUCUCUUAUCAAGAAAUGAUAUCUUUCCUGCCACUCUGCUGCCAUAAAAAUCCUGAAAAGGUGCUAAUUGUGGGCGGAGGUGAUGGUGGAGUAGCCAGAGAAGUGGCCAAGCAUCCCAAAGUAAAGCAAAUUGUUCAGGUGGAAAUAGACGCAAAAGUGAUUGAAGUAUCAAAAAAACACCUCCCCUUCAUGGCUGUAGGCUUCGACAGUCCAAAGCUGACGCUGCACGUCGGCGACGGGUUCGAGUUCAUGAAGCAGCAUAGUGCAGAGUUCGACGUGAUCAUCACGGACAGCAGCGACCCCGUCGGCCCGGCUGUCAGCCUGUUCCAAGAGAACUACUUUAGCUUGAUGAAGAGCGCACUAAGGGAGGGCGGUAUUGUGUGCUCGCAGGCGGGCACAAUUUGGAAUGACUUGCAACUCGUCAGGAGUACAUUAAGCCAUUGCAGAAAGCAAUUCCCAUCAGCGGCCUACGCAUACGCGUCAGUCCCGACCUACCCGUCCGGCCAGAUCGGUUUUGUGAUUGGCUCUCUCACCCCCAACGCGCGGUUCGACGUCCCCACUAUUACGUUUACUAAAGACGAGGAAGCCGCCAUGAAACUGAGGUACUACAACUCGGAAGUGCACAAGGCUGCAUUCGUACUGCCGACUUUUGUGAAAUAUCAGCUCGCGUAGGUACUUAACUCGGAACCUAUACACGUCACAUUUAAGCAUAAGUGGUUUAUGUAUAAGGUAGACUUAGGUAAGAUCGGAUGGUGGAUAAGAUAGUAUGAACGUCUCGUCUCACAUUUGUAGUAAUCGCUAGUGUCACACUACUAGUGUGAUAUAGUUUUUCAUAAAAAGACCGGAAACUUUCAACGAGUGCAAUUUCUUGCCUUAGAGUUGAAAUUAGCUUGUAGUUCGAGAAGGUUAUUCGUUUUAGGAUCUGGAACUAAUUCUUAAGUGUACAUUAUUCCAAAUUAAAUUAUUUUUAUUAACCGACAAUAUAAUCAUAUAUAGAUAUUUCUAAUUGGGAACAUAAUUUUUCAUGCAAAUAUGCAUUAAAAAUUAUGUUCCCAAUUAGAAAUAAGUAUCUAUUUAAAGAACCAUUUUUUUGCGUUCUUCGAACUCGCCGAAAAAAAUCCGGUCUUACCCAUCCUGGUAAACCUUAAUAAAUUUAGUAAUAUAGGUACGUUAAGUUGCGCUAGAACAGUUUUAUUAGAACAAAAUCAAAUGUGAAAUACCCUAGUUGUUAUAUCUAUCGGGUUAUAAUAAAUGCAUUAUGGUAAAGCAUCUCGUUCUGUUGUCGUUUUUAAGUAUUUUCAUUGUUGGCUAAUUGUUAAUUUUUAUUUAUUUGUUAACACAUUCCACGUUUUUUAUAAAUUUUAUAUCUAAAAAAAUAUUUUUAUAUAACUAUUCCAAAUUGCACCUUAUCUUUAAAUAAAAUUGAAGUUAUCGAAAUGUUUUAAUAAAACUUUGGUUAUAAUAUAAGGCAAGACUGAAUCAUAAGGACACAUAUACCUAUUUGUAUGCUUUGAUACUUAUCCCAUUGUUGACAUUCCAUGUGUUUAUUACCUAAACAUAACGUACAAGAAUAAGUAUAAUAGGUACCUACAUAAUAAGGUUGUUUAAGAUGCAUUUACACAAUUAUGAAAGAUUUGCUCAGAAUAUGUGUAAUAUAUUUUAUAUAUGAUAUUUUUAUACAUACAUUUUGUACAUUUAUAAGCAUGUAAAAGUUAUAUCGAUGACAAUAAAUUAUGUUUUUUA